CCCCGCGCCCGCCCUUGUUAGCAGGCGCCUCCCGCCCCCCGCAUUGCUGAUGCUGCUGCUGGCAGACAUGGACGUGGUGAAUCAGCUGGUGGCCGGGGGUCAGUUCCGGGUGGUCAAGGAGCCCCUUGGCUUCGUGAAGGUGCUGCAAUGGGUCUUUGCCAUCUUCGCCUUUGCCACAUGCGGCAGUUAUACCGGGGAGCUCCGGCUGAGCGUGGAGUGUGCCAACAAAUCAGAGAGUGACCUCAGCAUCGAGGUUGAAUUCGAGUACCCCUUCAGGCUGCACCAAGUGUACUUUGAUGCACCCACCUGCCGAGGGGACACUGAGAAAAUCUUCCUGGUGGGGGACUACUCUUCAUCGGCCGAAUUCUUUGUCACCGUGGCUGUGUUUGCCUUUCUGUACUCCAUGGGGGCUCUGGCCACGUACAUCUUCCUGCAGAAUAAGUACCGAGAGAACAACAAAGGACCCAUGAUGGACUUCCUGGCCACGGCAGUGUUCGCCUUCAUGUGGCUGGUUAGCUCAUCAGCAUGGGCCAAGGGACUGUCAGACGUGAAGAUGGCCACUGACCCAGACAACAUUAUCAAAGGGAUGUCUGUCUGCCACCAGACAGGGAAUACGUGCAAGGAGCUGAGGGACCCUGUGACCUCUGGCCUCAACACUUCAGUGGUGUUCGGCUUUCUGAACCUGGUGCUCUGGGUCGGCAACCUGUGGUUCGUGUUCAAGGAGACAGGCUGGGCUGCCCCAUUCAUGCGCGCACCUCCCGGCGCCCCCGAGAAGCAACCAGCGCCCGGUGACGCCUAUGGCGAGGCGGGCUACGGGCAGGGCCCCGGCGGGUACGGGCCCCAGGACUCCUACGGGCCCCAGGGCGGCUACCAACCCGACUACGGGCAGCCCGCCGGCGGCGGUGGCGGCGGCUAUGGGCCUCAGGGAGACUACGGGCAGCAAGGCUAUGGCCCUCAGGGUGCGCCCACCUCCUUCUCCAAUCAGAUGUAGUCUGGUCAGUGCAGCCCGGGAGGACCCCAUGGGCGGGCAAGAGCUCAGAAGCCCUGCCCCCCUUUCUACCCCUACACCCCAGGUCUCCGCCCCUCAAGCCAGGAGACUCUAACUCUCUUUGCUGUUUAUAUAUAUAUAUAUUAUAUAUAAAUAUCUAUUUAUCUGUCUGAGCCCUGCCCCCACUCCACACCCCUCAUGCAUUAGGGGCCUGACCUUGAGUGGGCCCCUCUCCUAAUCCCACCCCUUCCUUUGCAUCCCUUGGCCCCUCUCUGUUCCCUGGCCCUGUGCCCUGAGGUUGGGGGACUCUGAAAGGGGGACAGGGAAAAGACAGGUCUCAGCUAUGUGGGGAGGGUCGGUGUGACUUCAGACUCUCUCCCCUCUCUCCCUUCCCUCCUCCCAACUGGCCUUGAUUCCUCCAGCAAUGCCUGAACAGAGUCCUUUAGGGGAAAUUCAACCCUGAGAGAGGAAAAAGGCAGAUUGGGGGACUUGACCCAACGUGGAGUUGAAGAGGAGCUCUGGGGUGAAGAGGACUAGUAAGUAAGGGUUUUGGGUUUCAGACAUACUGGAUCUAGAGUCUAAGGAAGAGGGGUGCCCUAGAGCAUUCUGGAAUAGGGCUUGGAACAAGGCUGAGGGCGUGGUUCUAGAAUGGGUGGGGCUUUGAGUGAGGCCGGGAUCGGGCCCCAGAAGUGGGUAGGGUUUGGAAGAGGACAGGGUUUUAUGGAAGGGGUGUGUCUUGGGACCUGGGGGCUGGGUUUUAGAGGGGUGGGGCCUGAACCAGGCAGUGGGUGAGCCUCCAGAGUGGGCGGGUCUUGGAUUGGGACCAGAGUGUGUGGAAGGGGUGUAGCUAGGAAUAUUCAGGACACUGAGUUUGAUUCUGAAGGGGGCAGAUCUUGUGCCAGGCAAGAAGUGGGAUUCAGGAAUGGGCCAAACUUGACGUGAGUUCGUGGUCUGGAUUCUAGACAGGGUCGGUCUUAGAGUGGGUGUUCAUGGUGGUUUCAGAAGGGGCAGCCCACCCCAAUGGAGCAGUGAAAAAAAAGUUUUAAAGUGGGCGGGUUUGGCAGCGGAGGGGGGUCGGGAAUAUCCCUGGCCAGAGCUGAGGACAGGUGGCCUAGGAGGAGCUGAGAAGUAAGGCUUGGAGGGUAAGGGGUGGGAUCCAGAGAGAAGCACCCCCCACACCCUUGCCACCCCCGUGUGACAGGACAGCUAAGUAGUCAGAGGACAGAGCCAAAGGGUCUGUGGGGCCGGCCCACCCCUCUCCCCCCUUUCCUUGCCUCCUCCCUCCCUCCACACCCCAACCCGUGCCGGGGCGGUUGGAGGCCCGGUCUGGAGUCCCUAUCCUGCACCCUCCGCUGUGUCUGUGACGUCGGUAGUGCCUGUGAUUGUGUGUUGCCAUUUUGUCUGGCUGUGGUCCCUCCCCCUCUCCUCCAGACGCCCCCCCUUUUCCUAGCCCUUUGGUAUUGUUUGAAGACCUCCCCGAGGAAGAACAAAUAGGAUUAAUUCUUCUCCCCUAAAUAAACUCCUCAACCACCUAGUCCA